AUGUUAAAUUCGAAAACUCUCUCGUUCGUCUCCAAUAAGUUCUAUGAGACGCUGUUUUUUUGGUAUUAUAUUGAAAUAAUAGUGAUUUGUUCAGAAGCAGCGCUCUAUAAGAGGUCGUUUGAGUUUAUGUGCCUUGACGGGUCAAAGAGCAUUCCUUAUGAUAGUGUUAAUGAUGACUAUUGCGAUUGCGAUGAUGGAAGUGAUGAACCGGGGACGUCUGCUUGCCCCGAUGCAAAAUUUCACUGCGUGAACAAAGGCCACAUAGCCAAGGAUAUCCCUUCCUCUCGCGUCGAUGAUACGAUCUGCGAUUGCUGCGAUGGUAGCGACGAAUUGUACAGUAAAGUUGAAUGCCCCAAUAUCUGUGAGGAGUUGGGCCGAAAAACUCGAGAAGAGAGUAAAAAGCAAGCGGAAAUUGCAAGGAAAGGAUUUGCUGCCAGGAAAGUUUUGGCUAUGGAAGGACAGAAGCUGAGGGAUGAAAAGGUUCAAGCGGCAGCGCCCCUCAAAGAAGAAAGAGAGAAACUGCUUCCAACACGGGAAGAGUUGCUGAAGAAGAAGAAUACGGCUGUUGAACGGGAGUCAGCUUUGAAAGACAAGCACAAAGAAGCAUGGGAAGGUAAGUUUAGCGUCUUGGCUGGAAGUAAUCAAGUCAAAACAACUGUUCUAUGUUUUUUGUGGUCCCAUUCAUUUCAACAUUUCUUUACACUAGUUCUCAUGAAUUUAGAAGCCGAAGCUGCAAGGAAAGAAUAUGACGAGUUGGAUGUAAAAAUCACUACUUUGGACAGUCAAAUACAAGAAGCUGAGUGGUUCAUUAACCAAGACUUCGGAAGUGAUCUUGCGUGGGCAACACUCAAAGGACAGUGUUAUGAACUGAAUGACAAGCAGUACACAUACAAAUACUGUCCAUUUGAUAAGACCGUGCAAAAGGACAGCAAUGGCUAUGGCGAAACCGCGCUAGGGAACUGGAAGGAUUGGUCUGGCGAACCUGAGAAUAAAUACUCCAAACAGGCUUACACCGGAGGACAGCAAUGCUGGAAUGGCCCUCAACGAUUCACGCAGGUGACAAUUCAAUGCGGCGAGACUUCGGAACUGAUCGAAGUAACCGAGCCAUCGAAAUGCGAAUAUCGCUUUCUAUUCCGCACACCGGCUGCAUGCACAGAUCCUGACCAUGAAGAACAGCCACACAUGGAACUAUGA